UGCAGGAUCUCUCUCAUUUCCAAUGCAGCAUUUUCACCUUAAAUGUUUUUAAGCAGUCAAGGAAUAGGAGAAGUGUGGCUUAUUUAACCAAUAACACUCACUUAAUUUUUUUAGGCUCAAUUGUUUAUUCAACACAUUGAUGUAUUAAUUUAUCAGAGAAAAGUCUAUUUAUGGAAUAAGAUAAUUGUGAAUAAUAUGAAUAAAACCAGUAACACAGGGGAAUAUGAAAUACUGCUAUCAAAAUGUAGUUUAGAGAGAACUCUACAAUUCUAAUUACAAAAUAAUCAGUAUGAGUAAAGCAGCAAAAGGAGGGGGUGAGCUGGCAAUCCUAAUCAAUAUUUCAUUAUAUUCCUAGAAACAGAAUGUAAGAGAUUUAUGCAAAUACUGAAUAUAUUUAAUUAGGAUGAAAGAGGGUGCCUUAGUGGGACAGCAUAUAGUGCUGCUACCUCACAGCUCAAGAGACCUUUUUAUUUCAAAAAUAAACUUUAGUCAUAAUAAAAAAUAUAUACAAAGGAGGAAACAGUGCAAAAACAAAAGCCGAACAUUCAUGGUUAUUACAUUUAGUAGUGUAAAUUUAAAGAGAAAAAAACACAUAAACAAAGCACCAUUGCCACUUAUGUGGCUCCCUGAGGUGAUACAUCUUUCAUUGUUUGAGGGCUUCCCCACCCAUCUCUGCCCCUCCAUUUGCAGUAGCGGAAGGAGCCUAUCCUGUUGUCCUUCCCCACAGAAACUUAGCAUUGGUUGCACCGAGCUUCAGUGCAUCUCUCGGUACAUAUUCCUGCAGCCUGGACUGUGCCAGUCUGCAGCAUUCCCUUACAGACAUCUCACUGUGCUGGAAGAACAACAAGUUUCGGGCAGACCAAAGGGCAUCCUUCACAGAGUUGAUGACCUUCCAACAGCACUUGAUGUCUGGGUUUCAUCCUGACCUCGGGUGCCGUCUGUUUGGACUAUGCACAUUCUCCCUGUGACUGAGUGAGUUUCUGCUGAGUGCUCCCAAAGCCAUGGUGGGAGGUUGACAGGCAACUGUAAAUUACACUUUAGUGAAGGCAAAAUGACAAUAGAAUCAAAGGGAAUUUAUUGGGCACGUGAUAGGUUGCAGGGGUACAGGGAAAUAAGGAAAGGGGAAGUGGGAUGGAUGGGAUUGCUCCCUAGGAGCUGGUCAAAUGUGGAAGAAUAAAAUGGGGUUAGUAUAAAUGUGUGUUUAUAGUCAGCAUGGACUGGGUGGGCCGAAGUGCCUGUUUCCAUACUUUAUAAAUUGGACCGCUGAUUCGCCACCAGGUACUUGACUUUACAAAAUGGACUGCUGAUUCACCACCAGGUACUUUCUGAUUUCACCAAAGGGAACUUUACCCAUAUAUGUGAAAAUUUUAAAUUGGCAGUGUUAAGAAGCCAGGAUUGGGGGUGCCUCUGUAAGCCAGGAAAAAAAGGAGUUAUGUGAGUGAGAUUUGGUGUGGGAUAGGAUCCAUGUGGAGUUCCAGAUAUGCAGAUGUUUACAGAUCAUAGAGAAAGGAGGCUCGCCAGCUUUAGAAAUAAUUGAGUUUGGUGACACAAGGGGCCUAUGUGUUUCGGCAGCAGAUGAACUGAAGCAGAGUGGAAAUGGACAAUACUACAGAGUCACAACUACAUUGUCUUUGGGACUCUUGCAUAUGGACUCGGGGGUCAAACCGAUUAUCAAAGUUUGCAAAAUUCUGGUGAAACAGGGACAGUGGAAGUGCAGAAUCAACAGUAAGUAUAUAAAAUUCGUGGUGCAGAAUAACAAUUGGGGUUCUAAUCUUUCCAAUGUUUAACUAGAUAAUGAUGUGGCUUAUCCAGUUUGAAAAUCACUAAGUCAUCUGGCGUCAAGGAAGCAGAGGAAUCAAGAAAGGUAGAACUGGUUAUUGAGAGCAUGCAUGUGGAAGAUGCACUCAUGUUUUUGAAUUAUGUUGUCAAUUUGUAACAUGAGAAAUGGGAAGAGACCUUAGAUCGAUCAUGGGGGGGUGAGGCAGGAAGAUUUUUCAUGUUUCGAUAGAAUUUCUGGGACUAAUAACACUAAAGAAAAUUCAGUGGAAUCUAUAAAAUCUACAGCAGAAAAAACAAUGAAUGGUAACCAGCAUAAUUUAUAAAUGUUAUCAUGAGAUAAAGUAAACAAAGGUGAGAAAGGAAAUCUACGAGGGUUAAGGAAAGGUGGAGAUACUAAAAUGAGGCUUAGUUUUCACAGAGGAGUGUAAUGUGAAUAAAAGGGUACACGAGAAGCUAAAGUAAUUGCACAACCACACAUAGGCAAGUAAUAAACAAAAAAAUAAAAUGCUGCAAAUACUCAGCAGGUCAGGCUGCGAACCUGGAGAAAGUUAACAAUCCAGACGGAUAACCUUGCUUCUGAGGCAGUAAUGCUGACAGCAGUGAGACGAGAGGGAGGUGGUGUUAGCCACGACUGCGCAGUGACGGGCUCCUGAAGGCAGGCUCCGCCGGGAGGACGGGCGGUGCAGCUCCUCCUCCGUCCGAGAGGCACCGCGGCUGGCUGGUCUGAAGUCUGUGAUUCCUGGCAUGGCGUUUCGGGAGCGCGGCCCGGAGCCCAUCACCACAGCUCUCGAAGCAGCGGCCGCAGCCCAGCCCGACGCCCGCCCCGAGGAGGCCUUGCGGCCGGAUGGAAGCUUGCGGCUGAGCGCUCCCCGCCUCUGUUUUGCUGCCGGGCGGCAUGGAGACACUAAGCGGCGCCAAGGAGAUGCAGUGGAGCGGCGUGGCGCGGCCCCUUGACCUGUUGGUCAGUUCCUACCGCUUGCCGCAGCUGGUCCGGCUGGAGGACGGGGAAACGGUGGAAGGGAUUCGUGAAAAUGAUUUGGUUUUGCUUCAUUCCUGUCGACAAUGGACUACAAUUACUGCCCAUAGCUUGGAGGAGGGUCAUUAUGUGAUUGGGCCAAAAAUAGAGAUUCCUGUUCAUUAUGGAGGACAAUUUAAGUUAUUGGAACAGGACAGAGAUAUCAAGGAACCCGUACAAUACUUCAACAGUGUGGAGGAGGUGGCAAAAGCCUUCCCAGAACGAGUAUACGUCAUGGAGGAAAUAACAUUUAAUGUUAAGGUAGCCUCAGGGGAGUGCAAUGAAGAUACAGAAGUGUAUAACAUCACCUUAAGCACUGGGGAUGAACUUACACUAAUGGGACAAGCAGAAAUCCUUUAUGCCAAGACAUCAAAAGAGAAGUCACGACUUAACACAAUUUUUAAGAAAAUUGGAAAACUAAAUUCCAUCAGCAAGUUUGGACGAGGAAAGAUGCCUUGCCUUAUCUGUAUGAAUCACCGAACCAAUGAGAGCAUUAGCCUUCCUUUCCAGUGUAAAGGUAAAUUCAGUACCCGUAGUCCCUUAGAGAUACAGAUGCAAGAGGGUGAGCACACUAUUCGCAAUAUUGUUGAAAAGACUAGGCUACCAGUAAACGUUACUGUUCCAUCUGCUCCACCACGAAACCCCUAUGAUCUGCACCUCAUUCGAGAAGGCCAUCGCUAUAAGUUUGUUAAUAUCCAAACUAAGACUGUGGUAGUGUGCUGUGUACUUCGGAACAACAAAAUGAUUCCUGUGCACUUUCCACUUCAUUUAGUUGUGCCAAAAUUUACCUUGGCUGAAGGUCUCCUCAAGGGAGAGAUGUGGUACGAGAAUAUAGUUCAGCACUCAUUCAGCAUUUGUCAGGAGCAGUUUGACAUUGAAGAAUAUUCACGAGCAGUUCGGGACGUGAAGACUGACUGGAAUGGAGAUUGUAAAAGCCCAAAGAAGACUAGAUGUACUGGGCACAGUCACAUGCCUAAUUCCCUUAGUUAUGCUCGUGAAGAACUGACACAGUCGUUCCAUCGACUUUCAGUAUGUGUUUAUGGAAACAAUUUGCACGGAAAUAGUGAAGUUAAUUUGCAUGGUGCAAGAGAUCCUAGCAAUGAGUGGACUCUGUUUUCUCAUGAAACCCUACUAUCACAAGAUUCUGGAGAUAGUGGGAGUGACUAUCUGCUGCCUGAAGUGACUGAAGAACCUGGAAUCCAGUCACAGUCAGAACUUCCCUAUGAAGAGCUCUGGUUAGAUCAGGGCUCAGGGAAACGGUGUGGGCAAGAUCCUUCCUCUUUUGGAGAGGGACUGAAAUCCGGUAGUCAGAGGCAUUCCAUCCGCUCCAACUGUCCAAUUUCUUCAGGCCCUUCUUCUCCGCGUCCUUUGUCUACACCUGAUAUUUCUCUACUUCCACCUCCAGUGCCUCCAAAGUCUGAAGCUGUAAAAGAAGAGUGCAGACUUCUGAAUGCCCCACCUGUCCCUCCACGGAACGCCAAGCCAUCAACGUGUAGUCCAUCAAUUCCUCCUCGGCAAAUUCGCCAACAGACACGCUCUCCCAGCCCUACAUUAUCUUAUUAUUCUUCUGGAUUGCAUAACAUUGGUGCCACGGAGAAGGAUGCACCUCCAUCCAAUGAGAAGCAUUCCCCAGCUUCCUGUUACCCUUGCAACUGGAUCAACUCUAAUUCUAUGCACAGUGGAACUAAAUCCCCACUUAGAAGCCCCAUAUUAGAUUCGCGUUCAAAUCGUUCAUCAUGGCCAAACCAAUAUUAUGGGGAUAUCGAUGACCAAGAUACUGGUAAUUUUGGAUCUCAACACAGAAGUUAUUACAGCUAUCCUCGUCACAAAAUGUCAAGUACUCCCAAGAGUUCAGAACCCAUACAGUUUCAGUAUGAGAGCAUUGACUGUGCUGGGAGAUGUGAGGGGCUUCCAAUUAAUACCCUCCCUGAGCAGCAGCAAUUGAAGGAUGAAGGACUCCACAUUAUUCCUACUGAAUGCCCAAGAUCCACCACUUAUUUCUCAGAGGACAAUGGAGAAAAUUCUUUAGUAGAUAACAAACAACAAAGUCAACCAUGCCCCACCUCAUCACCUUGUGCACUAAAAUUUAAUGAUAAGGAAUUUGUUGAUCUAGAAGCUUUGUUUCUGCCUUCACUUAUAGAUGGGGCUGAGGAUGAGCCUCAGGUUUGUUCAACAGAUCUACCUGAUAAUUUUGCUAACAAAAAUACCCAAGACAUAUUUUCUACUCCUCCUUUAUUUUCUUCUCCUCUGCACCUGCAAUUAGUACCACGUUCAUGUGGUGAUGGGUCACCUUGGCAGCCACCAACUGAUCUUUGUGGACUUUCUAUAGAAGAGGUGUCAAAGUGCCUACAGUUUAUAGGUCUACCUGAGGAGGUUGUGUCACUAUUUGUGGUGGAAAAAAUCGAUGGAAAUUUACUUGUACAGCUUACUGAAGAGAUCCUGUUUGAAGAUUUUAAGUUAAGCAAACUUCAAAUUAAGAAACUCUUGCAGUUCAUCAGUGGCUGGAGACCUAAGAUGUAGUACAAUGACUCAAAUAACAUGGGUGCAAAGUAUCUGACCUCAGCAACUAUUGUUUUGCACUAAAUAACCAUGAUUAUGUACUGUAUGAAAUCAGAGUGAAUAGUAUGCUUACUAACUUCUUUGUAUCUUGAUAGAAAUGGCACCCUACAGAGAGGUUCUCUUGAUGAACAUGUUCCUUAUACAUCACUGAGCUAUCAUCAACUGCUUGAAUUUUUAAAAGAACAAAAAAGAGUUGUUCUUCAAAAUGCUGUAAUUGCAGUAAGGAUGCAAUGAUUUGCAGAACAAGACAAUUCUGUGCAUUUUUGAUCAGGUCCACUCAAUUUGUCUCAGAUUGUUGCCAUACAGACUUCUGAUUUAACUCUACUGUUGUGGGCCAAUGCUGCUGCUUAGCCACUCUGUUCACAUUAUAUUCUUUUGAUGAUUAAUGUAUAAAUUGAUGGUGACACUAGUUUUUACUACUGGACAUGGGUUUCUUUGGGAGAUGUACAAAUGCAGAUUAAUUGGAAUAUUUAGACUUUUUUGUGUUGAUGAUGGAAUGAGUAAACUGAACAAAUUGACAUUACAUUAGAUAGAACCAGUUAAUGUAAUAAACCCAUUUGGAUCAUCUUUAAAUGUUCUAAAGUUAUGAGGUUUAUUGCUUCCAUCCGAAUUUCUCCAUUCUCUGUUCUAGCUUUUUUUUCUAUUUCAUACCUAAUUUGUGUAGAUAAACAGACUUGCUAAAAAGCUUGGUCAUGAGGGUCUUUUUGACCAAUCACCUACCUUGAAAUGUAGCUUGCACAUGAACUGAUUCUCUAUUCAAUUUUACUAUUUCCUAAUUACUUUGGAUUUGCAGUUUUAAACUGCAUCAUUUAAGUGGGCUGUGAGCUACACAACAUUGAUGGAUUCUUGCUUUACAAGGUGCAGGUCAAGACCCAGUAGUUGUCAUGCUGAUUUUCAUGAAGAAAUUCUAGCUGCUUCCCCCCAUUUCCCAACCUGAUUGUUUUAAGUGUUCUUUUCUAAGCUAUUUUUAAAAUAAUGCAAUAGAACAAUAACUGACAAAAGUGCCUUUCAAUACCUCAGGGCAUCCCAAAACACUAUAGUCAGUUAACUAGUUUUGAAAUAUAUUGUAUUGGAGGAAAUGUAACAACUAUUUAUGCACAGCAGGAUUCUAGAAACUGCAGUGAAAUAACAUAGGUAAUCUGUUUUUAUGAUGUUGGUUGAGGGGUAACUGCAAUGACACUAUUGAAACUCUUGCAUACUUGGUCUAAUUAGUGUCACAGGAUACUUUAUAUCCAGCUGAGGGGGCAAAGGGGCCAUUUCAUCUCAUCCAAAAAAUGGCACCUCAGAACAGACUACUCCUUUUCUACUGUCCUGGCACUUCAGGUUAGAUUUUUGUGCUGAAGUCUCUGGAGCGAGACUAGAAUCCAUGAUCUUCCAAUAAGAAAUGAAAGUGGUACCAGAUUAACACAAUUAUGCUUCAGACAACAUGGGUACUCAAAGAGCUGAAUUGCAUCCAUUUGUGACCAAUGGCUGAAAAUGUGUGGUAAGACUCCUUAAGUAGUUCUCCAUAAGUCGGACCUUUCAUCUAGGUCUUGCACUUCUGUCUACAUAAGAGUAACUGCCCUUCAAAAUAAUUUGUGUUGUAUAUUUUUGAGAGAUGUAGUAAGGCACUAUAGAAAUACAGAUAUCUGUAAAAUUAUAUGUAUUCAUGUCAAGAUGACAUUUUCUGUUGUUGGUUAUAACUGAGCUUAAAGCUUUUGAGAUAAAAAAAUCAUAGUAAAUAUCUCAUCUGUCACUCAUUCUCUGUCAAUUCGCUUCAGUGUUUACAAAUGUGUAUAACAACAUUGGGUUCAGGUAUUCAGUUAAAAAGACAUUUUUUUUUAAAAAAAGCUGGGUAAAUUUUUAUCCUCUCCACUUUGCCAAACACUUAACCCAGAAGGGGGGUGGGGGUGUGGUGCAGACAAGCAUAGCACUGUCUUUUGAAGGGUACUUAGGACAUUAAAUAUGGCGUUGCUGGUGACACAUUUAUCCUACCAACAAGAAAACAUUACUGAGUAAAAUCAAUUAGUCUUUUUGAAAAUUCAUCAAUGAAGUCAGUUAGCCAAUCACAUACCAAUAAUUAAAUCAUAGUAAUAUUGAUGUAAAUAUUGACUCUACAAACAAUUUAAAAUGUAAAUGGUUGUAAACACUAUCAUUCAGUGCUUUGAAUAAAAAAAUAAUAAGCAGAUUUACUUAAUAAAUGACAGGUUCCAUGA